CAGCCCCGGGAGAGCGCGCGCCCCCGGGCCCCGCGCGCGCUGACAAGCCCGCGGGGGGCGCCGGCAGGUGGGGGAGGGCGCCGCUCCCCGCGGGGGGACGUGCCGGGAGCCGGGAGCCGCCAUCCAGGUGACUAAGCCGGCCCACUGGCUCUGAGUCACCCUCCGGCCCGGAGCUUUUCUGGCUUGGCGUUUGCAUCCGCGGGCUCGGCGAGCUGCAAACUUGGAGCUGCACCUGAGUCCCGCCCCUUCCAGCUCUCCCCUCCCUCCCCGCCUCCCCGAGGCUCCGCGGAGAUGGGACCCGCCGGGACGCGGCCGCCACCCCCCGAGGCGAUGGAAGGCCCUGGAGGGGCCCGAGGAGGGCUGCGCGCCGGCCAGGUGCAAUAGCAGAGAUGGGGAGCGGGCUGCCCAGGGGGCCUGGAGGUGUCCGGAGAGGCGCGGCCGGUCCGCAGGCUGGAGCCCGCCCGGGCCGGCUUUGAACUCCCCUCCCGCGGGAAUCGGCGGUCGGUGAGCGGCUCCCAGGGCGGGAGCGAGCGCGGCCCCAUUGGCUUAGGCCGCCCCGGCGGCCAGGGAGAGCUGCUGCCCCGCCUGCCUGCGCUGCUGCAGAACCGGGGGUCCUGGCACCCCUUGGAGUCACCAAGAUAUUUAUGAGGCGUCCGCAGGCUCCCGCUCACCCGCGUGUGCCCAGCUUGGCCUGGCACAGACGCUGAUCUGACCUGGGCACUGGGCCGGGUUCAGGGGCUGUCUGGCUGAGUGCCCUCCUUCGCCCAGGCGCCCAGUUCAGGACCAGACUGGCUCCCGGGAGCUCAGGCUGAUACAGCGCUCGGACGCCAGCAAGAAGCCAAGGCAGGCCAAGGAGGACUGGCCCCCGGAGGUCCUCAGCCAUCCUGCCGGGACCCGAGUGCUCCACCCGCCCUAGAGUGAGGCGUGGGGAGGAAGAAGCAGUGAGGAAGGCAGCCCGGAGGCACCAUGUUCCGCAAGAAGAAGAAGAAACGCCCCGAGAUCUCGGCCCCACAAAACUUCCAGCACCGUGUCCACACCUCCUUCGACCCCAAGGAAGGCAAGUUCGUGGGCCUGCCCCCACAAUGGCAGAACAUCCUGGACACGCUGCGGCGCCCCAAGCCCGUGGUGGACCCUUCACGCAUCACGAGGGUGCAGCUUCAGCCCAUGAAGACGGUGGUGCGGGGCAGCUCGGUGCCCGCCGACGGCUACAUCUUAGGGCUGCUCAACGACAUCCAGAAGUUGUCGGUCACCAGCUCCAACACCCUUCGUGGCCGCAGCCCCACCAGCCGGCGGCGGGCCCAGUCCCUGGGGCUGCUGGGGGAUGAGCACUGGGCCGCUGACCCGGACAUGUACCUGCAGAGCCCCCAGUCCGAGCGCACUGACCCCCACGGCCUCUACCUCAGCAGCAACGGGGGCACCCCAGCAGGCUACCGGCAGGCGCCGUGGCCGGAACCGCAGACCCCACGGGUCCUGCCCAAUGGGCUGGCCGCAAAGGCCCAGUCCCUGGGCCCCACCGAGUUCCAGGGCGCCACGCAGCGCUGCCUGCAGCUGGCCCCCUGCCUGCAGCCCUCCCCGCCGGCCGCCUCCGGCAGGCAUGGAACCAAGGCGGCCAGGCACGGCUCCGAGGAGAGCCGGCCGCAGUCCUGCAUGGUGGGCCCGGCGGCGGGCAGGCCCGGCGGGGAGGGCACUCCGAGCCCCAAAGCCCAGGAAAGCAGCCUGAAGCGUCGACUCUUCUGGAGCAUGUUCCUGUCCGCUGCCCCCGGUCCGCUCAGCAGCAAGUCGGGCCCCCCGCCCCAGAGCAAGCCCAGCUCCUCAUUCCGACCGCCCCAGAAAGACUCGCCACCCAACCCAGUGGCCAAGGCCCAGUCGUUGCCGCCAGACCAGCCCGCGGGGCCCUUCAGCCCCCUGCCCCCCUCCGACACCAGCAGCCCCCACAAGCCCCCGCGCACGGUCCCAGCCGCCGGCCCCCCGCCCCGCCGCUCAUCCCCGGCGGGCUCACCCCGCACCCGGCACGCCCAAAUCAGCACCAGCAACCUGUACCUGCCCCAGGACCCCGCGGCGGCCAAGGGGGCCCUGGUGGGCGAGGACCCGGGGGUGGUGACGCACGAGCAGUUCAAGGCUGCGCUCAGGAUGGUGGUGGACCAGGGCGACCCCCGGCUGCUGCUGGACAGCUACGUGAAGAUCGGCGAGGGCUCCACCGGCAUCGUCUGCCUGGCACGCGAGAAGCACUCGGGCCGCCAGGUGGCCGUGAAGAUGAUGGACCUCAGGAAGCAACAGCGCCGGGAACUGCUCUUCAACGAGGUGGUGAUCAUGCGGGACUACCAGCACCUCAACGUGGUGGAGAUGUACAAGAGCUACCUGGUGGGGGAGGAGCUGUGGGUGCUAAUGGAGUUCCUGCAGGGCGGGGCGCUCACCGACAUCGUCUCUCAAGUCAGACUGAGCGAGGAGCAGAUCGCCACCGUGUGUGAGGCUGUGCUGCAGGCCCUGGCUUACCUGCACGCCCAGGGCGUCAUCCACCGGGACAUCAAGAGUGACUCCAUCCUGCUGACCCUCGACGGCAGGGUGAAACUCUCAGAUUUCGGAUUCUGUGCUCAGAUCAGCAAAGACGUCCCCAAGAGGAAGUCGCUGGUGGGCACCCCCUACUGGAUGGCCCCUGAAGUGAUCUCCAGGUCCCUGUAUGCCACUGAGGUGGACAUCUGGUCUCUGGGCAUCAUGGUGAUUGAGAUGGUGGAUGGAGAACCUCCAUACUUCAGCGAUUCCCCCGUGCAAGCCAUGAAGAGGCUCCGGGACAGUCCCCCACCCAAGCUGAAGCAUUCUCACAAGGUUUCCCCAGUGCUGCGAGAUUUCCUGGAUCGGAUGCUGGUGCGGGACCCCCAGGAGAGAGCCACAGCCCAGGAGCUCCUGGACCACCCCUUCCUGCUGCAGACGGGGCUCCCCGAGUGCCUGGUGCCCCUGAUCCAGCUCUACCGCAAGCAGACCUCCGCCUGCUGAGCCCCCGGAGUGCGCCUGCGCCCACAAGCAGGGCCCCGGGCCGGGGCAGCCCGCCCUCCUGCCCCACUCUCAGUAUUCUCUCUCCAAAGAUGGAAUGUGAACUCCCCCCUCCCGUCCCUCAGCCCACUGGGCCAGGCCGGACCUGUCCCCUCGGUCUCUCCCUCCCGAGUGACUGCCCAGCUGCCUUCUGCAGGGUGACCUUCGUAUUUGCAUAGGGAUAUUUCUAAGCGGCACCAGGACCAGAACUCCUGGCCUCUGAGGCCACUGCAGCAGAGGCUGCUGUGGUUUUUUUUAAAGGUUGCUGUGUCCCCCGCAUCCCAGGCCACCCUUGAGGGCAGACCGCCUAUCCGCACCAUCAUUCUCAGUCCAGCUCCGAAUUCUGGGGUCCAAGGAGGGCCUCAGGGACGGUGUUCUUGGCCCAAAUCCGUCUUUGGGUUUGCCACCUCAGGUUUGCCACCCUGAAGGCACAGCCCUCACCCCAUCCCCAUGCAGUGACCCCUUAGCCUGCUCCUGGGUGUCCACUGCCUGCUUGGACACUGGGGGUAGGGUGGGGGGGAGGGGGUUAGUGGGAGAAAGAGAAAGAAUGGGGCCUGCAGUGAGGGAAGCCAGAGCCCCUCCCAGAUGGGGAAAAUGUGUGUGGUGUGCACGUCGUCGGAAGGUGACCCAACAUCCCAUCUCUGUUAGCCGUCCUGUCCUUCCCCCUCCCUCCCCCCCAUGCCCCCACAAAGUUCUGCUUCCGGCCUGGGUAGCCCCGUCUGUCUUCCUGGUUGGGAGGUCUCCGUGGCUCGUCUCCAGCUCUGGGCCCAGGGAGGCUCUGUGUUUCUCCUGCACCCCGGAAUCUAGCACUGGAGCCCAGCAUGCAGGAGGGACAAGGGCGGGUUCCAGCUGGGAGCCUGAGCGCAGGAACCAGCAUUCGGGGACCUGCUGUGCUUUUCAACGCCCUGGUCUAGGGGAGGUGAUGGGCACCCCACUCGUGCAAACCAUCUGCCCCUCCGCUGCCUCCUCAGACCUGUCUCCCCGUCCUCCGGCCUUCCGGGCCCCGGGGAGACAGGGAAUGCCAGGGAAGAACUCCAGGUGUCUGGACCCUCUCCAGAUGACAUUUUUAUUUCUGCUCCCUAGUGGACUGCUUUGGGGCAAAAGAAAAAAAAAGGACUUUUUUAAAAGAGUUUUAAAAACAAGUCUCUUCCCUAGAACCUUUUGUGAACUGUUUGCACUUGUGCCUGUUUUAAAUUAAACUGAGUGUUCAAAGC